GGGAAGGGAAGCCCGAGCCUUGCUGAGUUCCAGCCAUGAGAGAGAAGAGACACAAAAACAUGAAUGAUUGGAUGCCCAUUGCCAAGGAGUAUGACCCGCUUAAAGCUGGCAGCAUUGAUGGCACGGAUGAAGACCCACACGAUCGCGCCGUCUGGAGGGCAAUGUUGGCACGAUACACCCCCAACAAAGGCGUCACAGGAGACCCCCUCCUCACCCUGUUUGUGGCAAGACUAAACUUGCAGACCAAAGAGGAGAAGUUAAAGGAAGUAUUUUCCCGCUAUGGGGACAUCCGGCGGCUUCGGCUGGUGAGGGACUUGGUCACUGGCUUUUCAAAGGGCUAUGCCUUCAUUGAAUACAAAGAGGAGCGUUCUCUGAUCAAAGCUUACCGAGAUGCAGACGGCCUGGUUAUUGACCAGCAUGAGAUAUUUGUGGACUAUGAACUGGAAAGGACCCUCAAAGGGUGGAUCCCUCGGCGACUUGGAGGAGGUCUGGGGGGGAAAAAGGAAUCCGGGCAACUGAGAUUUGGGGGGCGUGAUCGGCCUUUUCGAAAACCCAUUAAUUUGCCAAUUGUUAAAAACGACCAAUACAGAGAGGGAAAAAGGGAAAAGCGGGAGCGAUCUCGGUCUCGAGAAAGACACUGGGACUCUCGGACAAGAGACCGAGACCACGACCGUGGCCGGGAGAGGAGAUGGCAGGACAGAGAGCCAACCAGGGUGUGGCCAGAAAGUGACUGGGAGAGAGAGAGGGACUUCAGAGAUGACAGAGCCAAGGGGAGGGAGAAGAGGGACCGAAGUAAAUAGAGGCUCACCACCACCACCAGAACCCAGACGAAGACACAGCAUAAAUAGAAGCACAGAGAGAUCUGUGUUGCUUUUAUACAGUUUGAAACUAUGUCCAGUGCUUGAAUAAAAUUUGCUGA